CCAGCUGUUAAUCACUCAAAAGUGUUUAGUUUCUCAUAGCUGCAAGUCGUCGUCGCUUUUUUUUAUUAACAACAAACUCAAUUAAUUUUUCAAAAGAAAUUGCAUAAGAAGUGCAUACCUACAUACACACAUAACAUAAUAUUCAAGUGCAUUCAUUAACUUGCUGGCUGGCGCAGUGAAGUGUAGCAUAGAGUAAUUGGCCAUCAUCAGUUUUCUUACAGCAAGUUGAAGUUUAUAUUGUAAUUUCGCGUUGUUAAUUGCUGACAAGUGAAAGGAAAGCAUUUUUCCUCAAAAAAAAAAAAAACAAAGGGGGAAGAAACAGAAAAAACAGUAAAGAGCGGAGUAAUAAACUCAGAAAAAGUGCAAGUGCAAGCAGCGCAACGAAGUCAUGGCUCAACCACUACGUAUUGCCAUCAUUGGACAGAGCAAUUUUGCUGCUGAUGUCUUGGAACUGCUUUUGGAGAAGAAAUACAAUGUUGUCGGUGUCUUCACCAUACCAAAUAAGGGUAGUCGCGAGGAUAUCUUAGCCACUACUGCAACACGUCAUAAUAUACCCGUAUUUAAAUUUGCCUCAUGGCGGAAGAAGGGUGUCGCUUUGCCGGAGGUAUUGCAACAAUAUAAAUCCGUAAAGGCUACACUCAAUGUGCUGCCUUUCUGCUCGCAAUUCAUACCAAUGGAAGUGAUUGAUGGCGCUGAUUUGGGUAGUAUUUGCUAUCAUCCCUCUAUAUUACCGCGUCAUCGUGGCGCUAGCGCUAUACAAUGGACACUGAUCGAGGGUGAUGAGGACGCUGGUUUCACUAUCUUCUGGGCUGAUGACGGUCUUGAUACCGGUCCGAUUUUGUUGCAGAAACAGACGCCAAUUGAGCCCACCGAUACGCUGGAUACCAUCUACAAGCGAUUCCUCUAUCCCGAGGGUGUUAAGUCGAUGGGUGUGGCUGUUGAUUUGGUAGCUGCUGGUACGGCGCCGAAGAUUACACAAACCGAUAUCGGUGCCACCUAUGAUCCAGCUAUGUUUAAGGAAGAAAACCAGUUUGUGCCUUUAAAUCAGACCGCAAAAAAUAUUUUCAAUUUUGUGCGCGGUUUAGACUCACAGCCAGGUGCUAUUGCGGUGGUGCUGAAGCCGGAUGGUAGCGAGGAGAAAAUACGUUUGUUUGGUGCACACAUCUACUCAGCCGGACCGGUAAAACAGUUGGGUUCGCUGAAACUGAAGGACCUUAAGACACCUGCCUAUAUACACCAAGAUGGUUUGCUGUUGCAGGGCACAGAUGGUAAUUUUGUGAAUGUACGUCGGCUGAAGAAGGGUUCGAAGAUGAUCAACGCUGCCGAUUGGUUCAAGCAAAGCGAUCAACCACAGAUCACCGAGUUCAGUGAGGAUGAGUUGUUGAAGAAGGAGAUCUUGCGUGGUGUUUGGCACUCCAUACUGAAGGCUCCAAUUGAGGCGGAGACUGAUUUCUUUGCCGCCGGCGCUGGUUCCAUGGAUGUGGUGCGCUUGGUGGAGGAGUGCAAAGAUGCCUUCGAUGUGCCACUGGAGAAUGAGCAUGUCUUUAUGGCGCCAGUAUUCGAAGAGUUUUUUGUUGAGAUCGUUAAGAACUUGCGACAAGGUAGCUCUGCAACGGGCGUUGAAGUGCCCUUCGAAGGUUUUGUAAUGCGUGCGAACAAACGUGAAAUUCGUGUGCCCACGCAACUCUUCAUUAAUGGUCAGUUUAUCGAUGCCGAGGGUAAAGACACGUUGGACAUUAUUAAUCCCACCGAUGAAACGCUUAUCUGUAAAGCAGCAUGCGCAUCACGUAAUGAUGUCGACAAGGCUGUGCAGGCGGCGCAUAAUGCCUUCUAUGGUGCAUGGAAGCAGGUCUCGGCGCGUCAGCGUGGACAACUCAUGAUGAAGCUCGCCGAUUUGAUGGAGCAGUACAAAGAGGACUUGGCGACCAUUGAAUCGGUGGACUCCGGCGCUGUGUAUACGUUAGCUUUGAAGACACACAUUGGCAUGUCGAUAGAUGCCUGGCGUUACUUUGCGGGCUGGUGCGACAAGAUACAAGGCAGCACCAUACCAGUGAAUCCAGCCAGACCAAACAAUGUGCUGACCUUCACCAAGCGUGAGCCUAUUGGCGUCACUGGUUUGGUAACACCCUGGAAUUAUCCACUUAUGAUGUUAUCCUGGAAAAUGGCCGCUUGCAUUGCCGCUGGAAAUACGUGCUUGAUCAAACCGGCGCAAACUUGCCCACUGACAGCGCUCAAAUUUGCAGAGCUCACUGUUAAAGCUGGCUUUCCACCGGGUGUAAUUAAUGUGGUGCCAGGUCAGGGUGCCGGCGCUGGCCAAGCUGUGGCAGAUCAUCCUCUAGUGCGCAAACUGGGCUUUACCGGCUCGACACCCAUCGGCAAAGUGAUUAUGAAGUCUUGCGCGGCAUCCAAUCUGAAGAAGUGUUCGUUGGAGUUGGGCGGCAAGAGUCCACUUGUUAUCUUUGCCGAUUGUGAUCUGGACAAAGCUGUUAAGCAUGGCAUGUCUUCGGUCUUCUUUAAUAAGGGUGAGAAUUGCAUUGCCGCUGGUCGGCUGUUCGUUGAGGAUCGCAUACACGAUGAAUUCGUGCGACGCGUUGUAAAGGACAUAGGCACAAUGACUAUUGGCGAUCCAUUAAAUCGCUCCACGGCACAUGGUCCACAAAAUCAUAAGGCGCAUUUCGACAAACUCAUCGAGUUCUGCAAACGCGGUGUUAAGGAGGGCGCCACUUUAGUCUACGGUGGCAAGCAAGUGCCCAACACCAAGGGUUACUUCUUCCAGCCCACCGUCUUCACAGAUGUCGAGGAUGAAAUGUUCAUUGCUAAAGAAGAAUCUUUCGGUCCCAUCAUGAUUAUUUCCAAGUUCAAUGGCAGUGAUGUGGACUCGGUGAUGAAACGCGCCAAUCGCAGUGAAUAUGGCUUGGCCAGUGGCGUGUUCACGAAGGAUAUAAGCAAGGCGCUGGCAUUCGCCGAUCGUAUUGAGGCGGGUACGGUGUUUGUGAAUGUUUACAAUAAGACUGAUGUGGCUGCGCCAUUUGGUGGUUUCAAGCAGAGCGGUUUCGGCAAGGAUCUGGGACAGGAGGCGCUCAAUGAGUAUUUGAAGACGAAAUGUGUGACCAUUGAAUAUUAGGGUGGUUUUUGAAGAAUUUAAGCAGAUAGAGUUAGAUUGACUUAGAUAGAAUUGGUGUGAAAGAGACUUGGAUGGAGACAAAGAGAACGCUUUAGUCAAGUAAUAUAGAAUAUUGUUAGUAGAUAUAAGUUUAAAUGUGUUGUUUGUUGUUAAAUAUUGUUUUUACAUAAUAAAUAUUGUUUGUAUAAAAUCCA